UUCUAAAUUAUUUAUUCACGUGCCACAACCGCAAAAUCUUCGUGUAAAGUGGCUGCAGUUAGCACGACGUGAUCCGACCAGUGUAUCAGCAAAAUCCUCAAUUUAUUUUUGCGAGGAUCAUUUUGAUCUGCCCAAUGACAUGGAAAACUACAUGGAGUACAGUAUUAUGGGUUCUGUGUCGGCAAUACGAAUGAAACCCUGCUGUUUACCUUCUAAAUUUGAAUGUCAACCUGAUCGUUUGAAGAGAACGACCAAAAGUGGACCUCGGCCAGUGGCAGUAAAAAGACAGCGUGCAUCAUUAAUACAAGAAAUACUUGUACAGACAGAAACUGUCAAUACACCAUCCACUAGCAACAUAGGGACUGGAGAUUCACAAGUAAUGGAUGAAGAGUCAGAUCUCUUUGAAAUGAACCAAAAUAAAUCAACCCAAGUGUGUCCGAAUCUGAAAGGAUGUAGUUUAGUGAGACCUCCAAGUGUAUCAGCUAAGUCCAAUUUAACCAAAGUUGAAGCUCGAAAAACUAAGGAGAUAGCAAGUUUACGGAUACACAUUGAAAGAGUCAUCCGGCGGUAUAAGGGGAGUUCUCCAAUGUUAAAAACCACAGUCGGUUGUUAA